GUUGCGGAAAACGCAGAACUGAAACCGCCCUAUUGUCGCUCGCGUGCACUCUUAAGCUUAAGAACAUCCCAGAUCUCUUAUCUCUCUCUGUUUGUCCUGCGAAGAGCUUGUCUUCCGCCAUCUAUCGUUCCCACUUUAAAAUCUCUCUCAUUCGAAAUUCUCGUCUUGGUUCUCUCUGAUACCCAUGGACAGGCACUAGCUCUUGCAAUCGUUUCUAGGAAGAGUGGGGAUUGGAAUAGCAAGCUGCAAUGUAUGCAAGGAGAAUAAGGGGUAAAGAUCAAAGAUGGAGUUCAGUGUUUCAACAAUCUAAAUAUUCGAUUCGGCCAAAUAUUGUGGACCAUGAUUGCUCUCGAUCUUUAAGGCAUGCAACUAUAGCCGAAAGAAAUUUCUCUUCUCGGGGUGGUUUGAUCCGCAGGCACAUAUUGACUGCCUUUUCUUCUCAAACCACUGCUUCAAGAAGUAAUUAUGCUAUCUUGCAAGGAAGAUUGGAUAAGGGGUUGAAGAAUAGCCAGUUAUGUUUCUAUAGCUCGGAAGGGGAUGGACGGAAUGCAAGUGAGGAUAAGCAUACGCCUGUGAAAGAAGGGGCUAACUUUGACAAAGGAAAGACUUGGCGGGAGACAGAUGGGGGGGAGAGUUCGAGGAAUUGCAAUUCCCAUGCUCAACUUGGGGAACAGGAUCAGAAGGAAUGGCUGAAUAAUGAAAAGCUCACCAUUGAAAGGAAAAAGAAAGAAUCUCCUUUUCUUACUCGACGUGAAAAAUUCAAAAACGAGUUCUUGCGCAGUGUUGUUCCGUGGGAGAAAAUACAUGUUUCCUGGGAAUCGUUCCCUUACUAUAUUAAUGAACACGCCAAAAGUCUUUUGGUAGAAUGCACCUCUUCGCACUUGAAACAUAAGAAGUUUACUACUUCCUAUGGUGCUCGUUUGGCAUCUUCAAGUGGACGGAUAUUGCUUCAGAGCUGUCCUGGCAGUGAACUUUAUCGGGAGAGAUUAGUUAGAGCACUUGCUCGAGAUCUAAAAGUUCCUUUGCUGGUGCUUGACAGCAAUGUCCUUGCUCCAUAUGAUUUUGGUGAGGAUUGCACAGCUGAGGGUGAAUCAGAUGAUGAAAAUGUUGUGUCUGGGGAGGAAUGUACUUCAGAGUCGGAGGUUGAUGAUGAGAAUGAUGCAAGCAACGAAGAGGAACUGACAAGCAGUAAUGAGGGAAGAACAGAUUGCAGUGAUGAUGAUGAAGUAGAUGUUGAAACUGCUGAAGCAGCUCUUAAAAAGCUUGUGCUACCUUACAAACCUGAAGAUUUUGAGAAGAGGGUCUCUGGGGAACCUGAGAAUUCUGAAUCCACCAAGUCAGAGACUGUUGAGGCUUCAAACAACCCCAAGCGGCCACUGAGGAAAGGAGAUCGUGUGAAAUACAUUGGGCCUUCUUUACGUAUUGAAGCGGAUAACAGAUGCUUAUCUAGUGGACAGAGAGGGGAGGUGUAUGAGGUUAAGGAAGACCGAGUUGCUGUUAUUUUGGAUACUGAUGAUGAGAGCAAAGCUAAUGAAGAAGGGGAUGAGAAAACCAAGAAGCAUGUUGCAAAAGCAUCAGCUUAUUGGAUAGAUGUUAAGGAUAUUGAUCGUGAUCUUGACACUCAGGAAGAAGAUUGCUAUAUCGCCAUGGAAGCUCUUUGCGAGGUUGUGGAAACCAUGCAACCUCUUAUUGUCUAUUUUCCGGAUUCUUCACAAUGGUUGUCCAGGGCAGUUCCUAAGUCGAAUCGUAGGGAUUUUGUUCACAAAGUGCAGGAAAUAUUUGACCGCUUGUCUGGUCCUGUUGUUUUAAUUUGUGGUGAGAAUAAGAUUGAUACAGAAUCAAAGCAGAAAGAGAACUUCCAGACAAUGAUACUCCCGAAUUUCAGUCGCAUUGCUAAGCUGCCUCUCUCAUUGAAGCGCCUUACCGAGGGAUUCAAAGAAACAAAGAGAUCUGAUGACAAUGAAUUAUACAGUCUCUUUACCAAUGUUUUGUGCGUUUACCCCCCAAAGGAAGAUCAUCUGCUCAGAACAUUUAAUAAACAACUUGAAGAAGACAGGAGAAUUGUGAUAUCACGGAGCAACUUAAAUGAACUACAUAAGGUACUGGAGGAACAUGAGCUGUCAUGCAUGGACCUGUUAUAUGUAAAUUCAGAUGGCGUUAUAUUGACAAAACGAAAAGCUGAGAAAGUUGUUGGAUGGGCAAAAAACCAUUACUUAUCAUCUUGCCUCCUUCCGUCUAUAAAGGGGGGAAGAUUGUUUCUGCCUCGUGCAAGCCUUGAAAUUGCAAUUUUGAGGCUGAAGGAGCAAGAAACAGUUUCUCGGAAACCCUCACAUGGUUUAAAGAACCUUGCAAAAGGCGAAUAUGAGAGCAACUUUCUCUCUGCAGUUGUGCCUCCUGGUGAAACUGGUGUCAGAUUUGCUGAUGUAGGUGCACUUGAAGAUGUAAAGAAGGCUUUGAAUGAACUUGUUAUUCUUCCAAUGAAGAGACCCGAGCUCUUUUCUCGUGGGAAUUUGUUGCGGCCUUCCAAAGGAGUUUUACUUUUUGGACCUCCAGGAACAGGGAAGACCCUUCUUGCAAAGGCUCUUGCUGCAGAAGCAGGGGCAAACUUCAUCAGUAUAACUGGUUCAACUCUUACAUCUAAGUGGUUUGGAGAUGCGGAAAAGCUUACCAAGGCUCUAUUUUCCUUUGCUAGUAAGCUGGCCCCUGUCAUUGUAUUUGUUGACGAGGUUGAUAGUUUGCUUGGUGCUCGUGGUGGUGCUUUUGAGCACGAGGCUACUAGAAGAAUGAGGAAUGAAUUCAUGGCAGCUUGGGAUGGAUUAAGGUCAAAAGACAGUGAAAGAAUCCUCAUCCUGGGUGCUACAAAUAGACCAUUUGAUCUUGAUGAUGCUGUCAUUCGUCGCUUACCGAGAAGGAUUUAUGUGGAUUUACCGGAUGCUGAAAAUCGUAUGAAGAUUCUGAAAAUACUUCUUGCACAAGAGAAUUUAGGCACUGAGUUUCAGUAUGAAAAACUAGCAAAUGCAACCGAGGGAUAUUCUGGUAGUGAUUUGAAGAACCUCUGUAUUGCUGCAGCUUAUAGACCAGUUCAAGAACUUUUAGAGGAAGAAGACAAGGGAGGCCAAAAUGUAUCACAAGCAUUAAGGGCUCUGAAUGUGGAUGAUUUCAUUCAGUCAAAAGCCAAGGUUGGUCCAUCAGUGUCUUAUGAUGCGACAAGCGUGAAUGAAUUGAGGAAAUGGAAUGAGCGAUAUGGAGAAGGUGGAAGCCGGAGAAGUGCACCAUUUGGCUUCUGAAACUGAUCUCGCAAGCUAUUAAUUAAUUCUUUAGGGAAAAAAUUAGUGUAAAAGGGGUCGAAAAAUCAUCUCAACCCUUUCCAGAUAGCGAGACGGACCUCUUGGUGUAGGGUGUUAUGUAGCAUAAUUUUUUUUCCUAUUUAAAGGAGCUUAGAUUAUGCUAUGUAUAUUAGCACUAAUAUGAAAUAUUUAUUCAGAUUUGGUUGAGUAAUUAUCAGCAAUCUGUAGUAGUCUGUGAUUGAAUUGUUUUCAGGAAUUAAUAUCCAAAAGGUAGGACA